CAAACAAAUUUUAAGAAUAGGAUAUUGAAUAGUAAAAAUUAUUUAUAUUUUGCGAAUAUAAUAUUUAAAUAGAACAGGAUGGGAUUGAGAUACUCGGUGAACUUCUCAUGGGUCUGGCUCUUAUCGGAGGAAGCCGCUUUUGCUCGGAUGGCGAAAAGUGAAGAGAGCACUGUCCUUCUCGAAUUUAUGGCAUGCGCCAUGCUCGUCUUACCAAUUGUGACCGUGUUGGGACUUUACCUGUUCCGGAUGUUUCGGAACAGAGCAGGUCAAAAAAACGGUAUGAAAGACAUACGAGAAGAAUAAGUGUAAUGCCACAGUAAAAAUUUUCAACUUCGAGGUGAGCAAAAUCAGCUUCCCCCGAUAGCAGACGGCAAAAAAAUUAUAUGAAACAGAAUGCAAUUAAUUGUUAUAAUUACAUUUACGAUUAGAAUCAGCUUGCAUUGACUUCAGCUUUUGCACAAAAGAAUAUGUAAAUGUUUCCAUUCCAUUAGUGGUGGAUUUAGCUGGAAUUUUGUUCUGUCUUCAACAAAAUAAAAAUACCAUAAUUAUGUUAAACUGUAUGGAAUAAUACUUUCAAUGACUGUGGAUAAUUUCAUAACUUUUUCAUUACAAUAGAAAUUAUAAUAGCAAAACAUUUCUUAUUUAAUAACUAAUUGGGACUAUGAACAAUCCCGUUCGAUCUCUAUUAGAGCUAGAACCACAUCGACAGUACACAAGGAAAUGCAUUGAUCAAUCUCUACUUAUGUAUACUUCAUUUGUGAUAUUACUUCGUUACUGGUGCAUCGACGACUCGUCGAUAACACGUCUAAUACAGUAAUGCAGUUUAGAACCGACGUCAGUUUUGCUUCGUGUUUCUUACUUUUCGGCCCAGCUCAUUCUAGAGGGCGUCAAAAAUUGCAGACCGGUUUUCGGGCCGCGAGGUCCCAUAAGGCUGCCACUCUUUAAUAAUCUCUCCUCGGUGGUAUAAUCGUUUAUCGGUUGAUGGCUAACACGUUCUUUAAUGCCAGCGUGUCUAUAAAUGUUGUAAAACAUUCACAAAAAUGAAACGAAUUAUUCUAAACCUAUUCUCGCUACACAUCUUAAUGAUGUGGUCUAGCGCCGAAGAUAUUUUAGGUUGUGGAGGAUUUCUGAAAAGUCAUGCCGACAUUGAUUUUACAAAAGUUCAGAUAAAACUAUACACGAAAGCCGGUAGUCUUAAGGAUUCUACCGAAUGUGCGCCAAAUAACGGAUACUACUUCCUUCCUUUGUACGACAAGGGAGACUAUGUCCUGAAGGUAGACCCACCCAGAGGAUGGAGCUUCGAGCCUACAGAAGUUGUAUUGAAUGUAGAUGGUACUACAGAUGCUUGUAGUCAAGGAAAGGAUAUUAACUUUACUUUUAAAGGUUUUGGCAUCACUGGCAAGGUGACCAGUUUAGGAGCAGAUUUCGGACCUAAAGGUGUUACAAUAUCGUUGUACAAGGAAGACAAUGUACAAGUUCCUGUCGACACGACAGUCACCUCGGAAGGUGGCAUAUUUUAUUUUACUCCUAUACAACCUGGAAGAUAUUUACUCGUUGCAUCUCAUCCCAUAUGGAAGAUGAGGACUGAUAAGGUGAAAGUAACGGUACAAGAAGGCAAUACAGAACUCCAAGACGGUAGUUUAAUCAUUCUAGGAUACGACGUGAACGGCCGAGUCACUAGCGAGGAUGAGCCAGUCAGCGGUGUGACAUUUGUACUCUUUGGGAAUGGCGUAGCCAACAAUUGCGCGACGACUCCUAUAAGUAAAGAUCUCGAGAGUAAAAAACCGCUUUGUCACGUUGCGUCUGACAAAAGUGGAAAAUUCGUGUUCCCAAGCUUGACUCCUGGAAAAUAUAAGAUCGUUCCGUAUUAUACUGGCGCGCAAACCAAGUUCGAUGUACAGCCGACCGAGUUGUCAUUCGAGGUGACUCACGACAGCGUCGUUUUACGUCAAGGAUUCAAAGUGACCGGCUUCACGGUGAAUGGGAUUGUCCGUACCGCGGUCAACGGAGAUCCUCUACCUGGCGCGAAAGUUCUACUUUCUCAAAAGCAAGUCGCUGUAACGGACAAGAACGGGAAAUACGUGUUGGAUAAUAUGAAAGCUGGGCAAUAUACUCUGAAAGCUGAAAGCGAGGAUUUGUUGUUCAACGACAAAUCAGUAAAAAUCUCUCCCAGCUCGCCGGAACUGCCAGUUUUAGUACCAGCUGCGUAUAAAGUCUGCGGCAAAGUUACUUUAUCAGCGAAAGGAACUUUGCAUCAUCGUAAAGUUUCCAUUCAGAAUACUGCAGCUACAUUUACCAAAGAGAUCGAAACGGAUCCGAAGACAGGUGAAUUCUGUGUAUACCUCAGCCCCGAUAGGUACCAAUUAAGCGUGGUCGUGAGUGCGGAGGAAAGAGCCAAAGGCUUGCAAUUUUUCCCGCUCCAACAAACAAUCGACGUGUCGUCUCGACCAAUACGUAAUCUCAACUUUCUGCAAUUGAAGGCAACGUUGACAGGGACGGUGAAAUGCUUACCAGGAACUGAUUGCAGUCAAGCGUCCGUAACGUUAAAGGUGCUAGACGGCGUCACGAUUAAAACGAUUCAAGCCAAGGAUGGCCAGUACCAGUUCACGGACGUGUUGCCCGGCCACUAUGAGGUUCUCAUAGACAACGACGUUUUCUGUUGGGUGAAUCCCAGUUACAGAAUUUCUGUGACGUCGGAACGAUCCGAAAUAACACCGUUCGAACAGACUGGAUUCUCCGUCACUUUCAUAUCCUCUCACGACACCGUAGUCGAAUAUUCGAAACCGAACGAGUCGAAGAGAUUGACGUUGACUUUGAACAAAGGGAGCACGAAGCACUGCGUAACUGAGCCGGGAGCGUACACUUUCGUCCCGAAAAGCUGCCACGUUUACGACAAGUCUUCGUACACGUGGGAAAUCAGUGAUCCUUCUCCGAUUCUGUUACAUUCUACGGAGCAUAGCCACAAGGGGAACAUCUUGAGUCAUUCCGCGAUAGACGGAGUCAAAGUAAAAGUCGAGAAUCCAGCAGGCGAUGUUACGGUACUGGGCCCUUUGAAGCCGAUGCGUCAUGAAGAUUUGUACAAAUACGAAUUUGAAUUCAAGGCGAAAACGGAUAACAUCUACGUUAUUACACCGUUGUCCGACAUUCUUCUAUUUAGCCCUGCAUCGUUAAAGAUAUUGGGAGUAAAUGAUUGCCAAGACGAUGUCAUCACGUUCGCUGGUGAUUUGGGAAAAAUUAUUGCUGGUAAAAUCAAUCCACCGUUGGAAGGCGUCACUGUACAGAUAUUCGGUAAUGAUAAGGCAGUACCGAUACACACUCUGAUUACGCAGAAAGAUGGUGAAUACAACGUCGGUCCUUUGGACGGGAAGAUAAAAUACAGUGUCACCGCAGAAAAGGAAGGGUACGUGAUCACGGGACCGGAUUCCAACGGGAUAUUCUUCGCUCACAAACUGGCCGAGAUCAUCGUGCAGGUCGCCGAUCAAGCUGAUAACGCGUCUCUGCAGGGUGUACUACUCUCUCUGUCCGGGGGCCAAAGUUAUCGAAAAAACAGUAUGACCGGCGAAGACGGGAAAUUGAUUUUUAAUUCACUGUCUCCUGGCAAGUACUACUUGAGACCAAUGAUGAAGGAGUAUCGUUUCGAUCCACCGUCGAAGAUGAUCAAAGUCGUAGAAGGUGCUACCGUUAAGGUGAACUUUUUCGGGAUGAGAGUCGCGUUUAGCGCGUACGGUGCUGUGACAUCCCUUAACGGCGAGCCUGAAGCCGGGUUGUUAGUGGAAGUUCAAGGGCAAGGGGAGUGCGACAAUCACCAGGAGGAAGCGACCACCGAGGAGAACGGCGCCUUCCGAAUUCGGGGACUUCAGCCAACGUGCACCUACGCGUUCCGCCUGAAACCGAACGCCGAGGUAAACGCUCAUAUCCAGCGCACCAGCCCUGCCUCGGUCCUGAUACAAGCCACGUCGGACGUCCGCAGUCUUCGCUUGGUUGGGUUUCACCCGAUAUCGCGUACAGACGUCUCGGUGCACGUCGUGUCCACGCAGCCGGAACAUUAUCGCACGCUGAGAGUGAAACUGUGCAAGGAGGACAUGCCGGAUUCGCCGGUGCACACGUCGAAAUUAGAAGCCCAGCAGCCAGGCAAAGCUGGGAGUACGUACAACGCUGGGUUCCUCGUGCACUUGCCUCCGUUACAAGCGGACGGCAAGAAGUACUUCGUGCAGCUGGAAUCGUCUUUGUCGCACGCGUUGCACAAGUAUAAAACUGUGCCGUUCUAUUUCGAGGCGAAUUCGUCUUUUAAGUAUGUGAAAUUAAUAUUCAACGCACAACGGAAGAUCGAUCAGAGUGACAUGAAUCAAACGUCCGUUGUCGCGUUGCCUUUUAUUCUACUAGUCACGGUCGCGUUCUUUAAUCGCGAUAAACUGUGGUUGUGGUUGAACACGAUAGUGGAAAGGUGGUCGAAGCCGACACCGAGCUCGAGGGCUCCGAUGCAGGCUGUUCUUUUAGAAACAUAA